AUCUUAUUUCUUGACACUGGCUAAUGCACAAACCGUACGUGACACAAUAAAAAAAUAGCCUGUGUUUCAAACAGAAAAUUACAAAAUAUGUUAUUACUCUAUGAAUUCAAAGUGCAAAUUGCGAUAAAUGAUAACGAUGUGUAUCAUUAAUUUAUAUUUAUUAAAUAAGCUAUAAAAUUAUAGUAAGUUCUGUGAACUCAAUAUUCUCUGUUCUUCCUUAGUGAUUUUAACGAAAAUAAUGGAAGAGAAAUAUAUUUUAACUUUAGAUAUAGGAACUACGACAAUUCGUGCGUUUAUUUAUAAUUCUAGAGCAGAAACUGUAGGAAAAGCUGUCGAUCAGAAAUAAAGUCAAAUUAAACACAAUAAACUAGUAUUUUACCAAAUUAAAAAUGAAGCUUAUUUGAAGAAAAAUAUUACAUGUGUUUUAAUUAAGGUGAUUCUGCACUAUCCCUGUCCUGGAUUUGUGGAGAUUAACCCAAAUGAAUUAUGGACCUCAGUUAUUUCAGUGGUGAAGAAAUCAUUUCAAAAUGCCAAUCUUUCGGCUGGUCAGAUCACAGCAAUGGGUAUAUCUACUCAAAGGAGCACAUUCAUCACGUGGUCUCGUACAACUGGCAAGCAUUUUCACAAUUUUGUAACUUGGAAAGACUUAAGAGCUGACAGUCUUGUCAAACAGUGGAACAAGUCUUAUACAUGGAAGUUAUUUAAAUUCAGCGCCUACGUUCUAUAUUUGGUGUCACGGAGCAAAAGAUUCAAAGCCGGAAGUGUAUUCAAAUUUAUGAAUACGCAGACCUCGCUGAGAUUGAAUUGGGUUCUUCAAAAUGUAGUUGCGUUAAGAAACGCUGUACAAAACAACGACGCAAUGUUUGGAACCUUGGACACGUGGUUAUUAUAUAAAUUGACAGGUCAACGUAUUCACAUGACCGAUGUUUCUUCGGCAUCCGCUACAGGCUUCUACGAUCCGUUUACGAUGCAGUGGGCCGGCUGGGGAACACUCUUAUUAAAUAUUCCGAUUUCCUCUUUGCCGACGGUCGUGGACACGGCCGGCGAACACUUCACCAGCACGGCGCCGGAUAUAUGGGGUCAUGCCAUUCCGAUCAGAAGCUGCAUGGCCGAUCAAACGGCGUCGAUGUGGGGCUCGUGUUGUUUUGACGUUGGUGACAUCAAACUGACAAUGGGAACGGGGACGUUCUUUAAUAUAAACACCGGAUCGGCACCUCACGCGAGCGUGUCCGGCCUGUACCCGGUGGUCGGCUGGAGGCUCGGCGACGAACUGGUGUAUUCCGCGGAAGGAGCGAACAACGAUACGGCUUCUAUAAUUAAAUGGGCACAAAAUUUAGGUUUAUUUAUCAGUCCGCAAGAGACUGCGGACAUAGCUAAUUCAGUAACGGAUACGGAUGGCGCCUUCUUCAUUCCCGCUUUUAGUGGAUUAGGGCCCCCAUAUAACGACGGUACAGCCGCUUCAGGUUUCAUAGGCAUGAAGCCAUCGACAACAAAAGCGCAUUUGGUUCGCGCGUUACUAGAGUCAUUAGCGUUUCGUACCGCGCAAUUAUAUCAGUGUGUGCGUAAUGAAACCGAUUACACGUUUCAUUCUAUAAGGCUAGACGGUGGUGUGUCUAACAAUGAUUUCCUCGCCCAACUGGUUUCGGACUUAACGGGUCUACGCGUGGAGAGACCCGUGCACGUAGAGAUGUCCUCUUUAGGAUGCGCGCAUAUUGUUGGACUACAUCUAGGUAUAUGGAAAUCGAAACAGGAACUAAAAUCUCUAAGGAAAGUGGGAUGCGUGUUUCAUCCACGGCCGCACGUGAAAAAAUCUUACGAACACACGAUCUCGAUGUGGGAAGACGCCGUCACACGGAUGUGCGGAUGGUAUUCAAGAAGCAAUUCGUUGAAGUCAGUCAACGCUGUAUCGGACUCCAGUGGUUGUGGAGUAGUUCCUAAGAAUAGCUUUAAACUGCUAAAGAAUAACGGGGACGCAGUGAAAUAACGUUGGCUUUACCCGAUGCUCGUGCUCGUUGCGUGCAUCGUGUUACACAGAUGAUAAUAUCACAGGGAACUUUUAUAUAUACCUAAAAUAAAUCAGUGUUGCCAACUCCGAAGGAAAAUCAACUUGCUGCUUUAUUACUUUACUUACUACUACUUUAGGAGUUGAAAAUUAAAACCAAAAAAAAAAGUACUUCGAAAUCAACCUGCAUACUUUAAAAGGUUUAAUUAUUGUUAAUUAGGAAUUGAAGGACGAUAAAUUCGUUAGUCGCUGCGAUCCACGAAUUAAAUAUCUUUUGUCUCUGUCUAAAUCUGGACUUUUGGACGAGGAAAAUAAUGUGUUUUAUGAAGAAUAACUAACUUUGCUGAGUAAUUAUUUAACGGCCGUCUGGUGUAGUGGUAAGUGACAUGGUCACUACACAAGGGGGUCGCGGGUUCGAAUCCCGCCAAGGGAAGAUAUUUGUAUGGUAAAUAUAAAUGUCUUUUCCAGGGUUAUGGAUGUAUAUUAAAUAUAUUAUUAUGUAUGUGUAUAAUAAAAAAUCUUAUAUUUAUUUCCGUUAUCUGGUACCUGUAACAUAAGUUCUUUACGAACUUAUCACGGGACCACUUAACGGGCGUGAUUGUUAGUAAAUAUUUAAUUAUUUAUUUAUAGAAUCACAGAAUACGUGCUGGGGGAUGUUUUCGUAUUAUUCACAGAGCCUGUAGAUUGGAUUGGCAGCUUAACCUAGCUCAUGUGCUGUGGCAACUUGCAUUGUGUCUUUACUAGAACUUUCUUUUGCUUCUCAUACUGAGAGAUUAUCGUCCAAACGAAUAUAAAAUCCUUCUAGUAGUUGCCUAGAGGUACAUCUCAGGUGUUAGUGAGCUUCUAGGCAGUCCACGGGCCAGAUCAGGGUAGAGUGUUCAGCCUAAUGACAUAUCAGUUUCGAAGAUGCUGACAACUGGUUCACGAAAACGGAACCGGUUCCUAGACAUCCUGUAAUUUCCUUAAAUUUAGGGAAAAACACGAUGCUGGCAUCACUGAGUGAAAUUAAGAUAUCAUUCCACUUACAAUUAUAUAAAUAUUCAGACGUUUGAAUACUGAAACAAUCUGAUAAAUAGUUGUUUUCGUCAUAGUCCAAUAGUUACAAAGCAAAUCGUUCAUUUAAAUUGCUCAUUAGUUUUAAAUUAUUAAAAAAAUAUUGACUACGAGACCUGACUCGAUAUAGUGUUGCUACUAAUAUAUUUCGGAAGACAAAUUAUGCUGUCUUCUAAUUACCCAUUAAUUGUGAUGUGUUAAAACCAUUAGAGUGGCAAGAUCCAUUUUUAUUUUAUUUUGCACAGUAUUUAUGUUUUAUACACUUAUUUUAAGAAUAUUGUUUUUAUUUAACUAGCAUUAACUCUUUGUUGUUUUCUAAUUUUUUAACCUUAAAUUAACUAUAUGACAAGAAAAUCUUUGAGAUGCUAAAUUGAGCUUUAAACUGUAGCAAUAAAUUCUCUAUAGUACAUUGUGCACCAAGGGAGAAAAGUAGGACAUUUCCUCCCGGGGUGUAGGAAACACGCGGGAUGAGAUGUCCUACUUUUUCCCCGCGGUGCACAUACUAUUUUUUCUCCUACAAGGCCGAAAGUUCGUGGAGUACCGAGCCGGGGUCAGGGGCGAAGCCCUGGCAGGGGGUAGGGGGGCGGACCACCCCCCCCCCUUACUCAUAAAAAACAAUUUAACUGUUUUUUAAUUUUUAAAUAAACUACUACUAAUUGAAUAAGAACUGUCUGAUGAACUCAUCUUUGUUUAAUACUUCACCAUUAAACUUUAUUGCCUUUUGUUUAUUUCACUUUUACACUAAACACAAUACUGCAAAUUACCCGAGCACAACAAUGGCGGAGAAUUUUAGGUGCGUGAGAGCAGACGUAGACACUAACGCGCAUGCGCACUUGUCAGUACCCAGGGAGGAAAAGUUACACUUUCUUCCCUGUAGAGCGGGAGGAAAACCGAACUUUCGGCGUAGGUAGGAGAAAAAAUAUGUUUGAUUCUGCCAAAAAUCGGUUAAUAUGCUUUAUUGUUUUGUUAAUCAUUGAUUUUUUUAUAUUAUUAUUUUACCGAUAUGGUAUGGUAGGGAGUGCUGUGCUACACGGAUAGUUAGAAUCAUGCUGUCGAUUUUCAGUAACCACUUAACAACAGAUGGGGUGUGAUCUCGUCAACAUCUUAUACAGACAAAGUUCAAGCGUAAAUGCGUAUCAUGAAUAAUGUAUUUAAUGUGUAUCUCAAAAAAAUUCAUUCUAUUUUUUUAUUGCUUAGACGCUGGGUGGGCUUGCAGCCGAUCUGGUAUAAAGUGGUUACUGGACUUAUACCUUGAGAUACACUUCUGUUACAGCUUUAUAAGAGUUUGUGGAAAUCGGCAACUUAAAUUACAUAACGACGCUUGAAAGGCAAACGUGACUAAGCGACAAUAACUGCUUUAUACAUAAAUGAUAGGCAAUAACCAUAUCCGAUGCGCAAAAAAUAUAUUUCUAGGUCUAUUAAAAUUAUUUCAAUCCUACAGCUAGAUUCGUUAAAAUAGAAGAUUUUUCAGGUAUUUCAACAUUAAAUUAGUCUACUGUAAAGUUCACGCAUUGUCGCUUAGUCACGUUUGCCUUUCAAGCGUCGAUAACAUAAACAUUAUAAAGGCGCGUCCAAUCUAACGAUAUAUCCAGAAAGUUCCUCUUGCAUCCAGUGUGUCCGUAGCUUUAAGUAUUGAGACUAAGGAGCCCAAUUAUAAAAGUAAUCCUUCUUGAUAUAACUUAAUAUAAUGUGACCCUUAUAAUUUUUCAAAUAAAUAUGUUAUACAUUGUUAAUAUUUUACGUGAAUAUAAUUAAAGAAACUAGUAUAUGCCAAUGAAAAGCUAUGAUGUUUUAGAAAUAUUAUUUUAUGUACGCGUAUUAAUUUAGAGAUAUAAACAACCAAACCAAAAAAAUAUUGAGUAAACAACGCUCCUUUGUAAUUCUACAAAUCACUACAACAAAGUCUCUUUCUCUGUCCCUAUAUCGCUAUGUAUGCUUAAAUCUUUAAAACUACGCAACGGAUUUUGAUGCGGUUUUUUUAAUAGAUAGAGUGAUUGAAGAAGAAGGUUUACAUGUAUAAUAACAUCCAUUAAAUCGUGGAGAUAUUAAUAAUAAAUUACAGUUUCCGAAGCGAAACUAGGGCGGGUCGCUAGAAUUUCAAUGGAUGUGUUUCGUCGUUCAAGAAUUCCGCUACCCACAUUCGAAGUUCAUCAGUUCUCUCUCUCUCUCUCCCCACCCCUCUCCCUCUCUCCCUCUUUUUAACAACAAAUUUAGUAGGUGAAGGUAUUUUUAUGAUGAAUUGUUUUGGUGGCUUGUUAUUAUUAUUUAACCCUAAAUAAUGGGUAGUUCGGGAUUUGUUGUUGAGAUAAGUAUAGUACAUUUCUAUGUUAAUUUAUAUGUUCCAGUAAGAAAGUAGUCGAUUUGUUUCGACAGGCAUGCACCAAAGCUAAUUGAAACAGAAAUGGAUAAUAAAUUAAACAACAUAAUGUUAAUUUCUUUACCAAAGAUAUCAAGUUAAAAUAGAUGUAAUCGUUGCCUCUUCGCAUAAGAUAUCUUCAAAAUUUUCAUUUAUUUAAUAUCUGUCCAUAUGUAAUAAUAAUCAAUCUUCCUCAGUUUAUUCCAUUUUUACAAAUACAUAUGCGUAACGUGAAUAAUCUUCAUGACUGUUCACGAAUGCUCAAGUCAAGGUUAGAAGCCAAUUAGGGCGAGUGUACCUUUAAUAUGUUGCUCAUAUACAUGUGACUAAAACAAUAGUACCUACUCAGAAAGUUUUAAAAAUCAUUUAAACUAGGAAAUCAACGGUGGUUGUUUUAAAUAUAAUCAGUUCAAAUGUAAAAAGAAAACUAUUAUAAAAAACGUAAAUAAAUUAUUUUACACUACAUAUAAAA